AGAGGGAGGGGAGCGGAGCAGCAGUGUAGGAAAAGAGGAGGAAGGAGCGAGGAUGGCGGAGUCACACCUCUGAAGCAAACGUUGGACGGUUUUAAAACUGAAACUUGACGAACUUUGCACCUUUCAAGAACUUCUUUCCGAAGGUCCUACGAUUGUAUGCAGUUCAAACACUCAAGCAUGUGGCCCCUGGAUGCCAUGAAUCCCCUACUUCGAAGGAUUAUUUUUCUCACGGCAUUUUAGCGAAGCAAGACAGUAUCACUAGCAUCCAAAAACUUUUGGAUCACAAGGCCAUUUUUUAAAGGGUAAUUGUAAAUGUGUUGGUCUGCAUGGGGAUGUUUUCUGUAAAAGCUGCCUGUGUCCCUUUGUUUCUUAAUAAGUAACCCAACAAGAAAGUCCCAUGAGCAGCUCUGCCAGAGGGCCGAUAACGUCAACAUGAGUAGUACUUUAGGCAAAGAAAAAGAUUCAAAAGAAAAGGACCCCAAAGGUGGUCCAGCAGGUAAAGAAAGGGAAAAGGAGGCCAAGGCUUUGGCCAGUUUAGUCAAAGAUGGUGGUAAAGAAACAAAGACCAAAGGGAAAGAGGCCAAAGAAGGAAAAAAGGACACAAGCAGCUCAACACCAGGUGUUGCCUUCUCUGUUGACAAUACGAUAAAACGGCCAAACCCAGCACAAGGUACACGGAAGAAAUCCAGUAAUGCAGAGGUUAUCAAAGAACUUAACAAGUGUCGGGAGGAAAACUCCAUGAGACUGGACCUAUCUAAACGGUCCAUUCACAUGCUGCCCACCUCCAUUAAGGAGCUGACUCAGUUGGCAGAACUCUACUUAUACAGCAACAAGCUACAGAGCCUACCAGCUGAGGUGGGUUGCCUAUCAGGUCUGGUCACUUUGGCCCUCAGUGAAAACUCCUUGACCAGUUUGCCUGACUCCCUGGACUCCCUGAAGAAGCUUCGAAUGCUUGACCUCCGGCACAACAAGCUCAGAGAGAUACCGGCUGUCGUCUACCGCCUGACAUCUCUGACCACGCUGUAUCUGCGCUUCAAUCGAAUCACAACAGUGGAGAAAGACAUCCGAAACCUGUCCAAGCUCACUAUGCUCAGCAUCCGUGAGAACAAGAUUAAACAGCUACCUGCAGAGAUCGGGGAGCUAUGUAACCUCAUUACGCUGGAUGUUGCCCAUAAUCAGUUGGAACAUCUACCGAAGGAGAUUGGAAAUUGCACACAGAUAACCAACCUCGACUUGCAGCACAAUGAGUUGUUGGACCUUCCAGAGACUAUAGGCAAUCUGGCAAGCAUAAACCGCUUAGGUUUGCGUUAUAAUAGAUUGUCAGCCAUCCCCAGAUCAUUAGCCAAAUGUCGAGAACUGGAGGAGCUAAACCUUGAAAACAACAACAUUUCAGUGUUACCAGAGGGCCUGCUGUCAAGUUUGGUAAACCUGACAAGUCUAACACUGGCAAGGAACUGCUUCCAGUCGUACCCUGUGGGUGGGCCAUCCCAGUUCUCCACCAUUUACUCCCUCAACAUGGAGCACAACCGUAUCAACAAGAUCCCAUUUGGUAUCUUCUCUAGGGCCAAAGUGUUAAGCAAGCUUAACAUGAAGGACAACCAGUUAACAUCUCUGCCGUUGGACUUUGGCACAUGGACUAGCAUGGUUGAACUUAACCUGGCCACCAAUCAGCUGACUAAGAUCCCAGAAGAUGUCUGUGGUCUUGUCUCCCUAGAGGUGUUAAUAUUGUCCAAUAAUCUUCUCAAGAAGUUACCGCAUGGUAUUGGGAAUUUGAGGAAGUUACGAGAGCUUGACCUGGAGGAGAACAAGUUGGAAUGUCUACCAAAUGAGAUUGCAUACCUGAAAGAUUUACAGAAAUUGGUGUUGACAAAUAAUCAGCUGACUACGUUACCCAGAGGCAUUGGCCACCUCACCAACCUGACCCAUCUUGGUUUGGGCGAGAACCUGCUGCAACAUCUUCCUGAGGAGAUUGGCACCCUUGAGAACUUGGAGGAACUGUACCUCAACGACAACCCAAACCUGCACAGUCUCCCUUUUGAGCUGGCCCUCUGCAGCAAGCUGUCCAUCAUGAGCAUCGAGAACUGUCCCCUCACCCACCUGCCGCCUCAGAUUGUUGCAGGAGGCCCCUCCUUUAUCAUCCAGUUCCUCAAGAUGCAGGGACCGUACCGUGCCAUGGUCUGAGCCUAGAGCGGCUCAGCGUCAGUCCUGCGCAACUCCAGCACCUCAGUUUACUCUGCACCCUUUCGCCUGCCUGCCCCCAUCACCUGUAUCAUACACUGUAAAGAAAACAGACUCACCACAAUCUGUGUCAGGGGCAAAUACAAAGCGGGAGGUUUUAUGAGGAAGUUGUUUUUCUUCAUUCUUGGGCAGAAACAAGGCAGAUCUUUGGAGACCGCGUGUGUUACUCCACAGUCUAUUAAGGUCAUUUCAGGACCCCAGCCAUCAAAACCCCACUUAUCUUUCAUUCCGACUCAUGCAAGAGGAAAAUAUUUCCACGUAUUUGCCAAAACUGAGAAUAUAUAAAGUUAUAUAAAUAUAUAUAUUGAGUAACUGUGAGCUAAAUGGCAAGUCCUUCAACCUUAUCAACUGUGCUCCCAUUGCCAAUGUAUUUAGUUAUUACAGCAUCUGUUAUGUGAGCAAGGAUACAACUGUAUGCAAAAACAAAGUCUUUGGAACUUCUCAUUUACUGCUGCUGCUGUACUUUUAAAUGUUGACAUCUUUUUAUUCUUUUUGUUUGAUUUUUUUAAUAACACAAUCUUCCCUGAUCAUAAAUUAUGUUAAUUGCUUCUUGACCACAGAGAACAAAGGUCUAAAGAUGGUGUGCUUAUAAUUUCUUUUUGCAUUUCAUAUUUUAUCGUCCCUUUUUUAUUUUUUACCUUAAAUGUUACAGGAAAGAAAAAGUAAAAAAAACUGUGCCUAUGUUUAGAGUGAUCCAGCGGAUCAUUUCUAAACUCAAUUUUCCAUGAAAAUACAAAGAUAAUUUCAAUGUUUUUUUUUUUUUUAUUAUUAUUACUGCUGUUUUAAUAUUUUCCUUUUUCCCCCUCCUUUUUUAAGUAUACCAUUAAUCCGUCAUGCAAGAGAUAUCAGCUGUAAAAUCGGAUCCUUUUUAACAAAUAGCAGCAGUAGGUAUACAAAACUGAGAAAUGGCAAUCAAACAUGUCUGAGGGGAGGGGACUUGGGACUUUUUUUUAAAAAUACUAGUUAUUUUUUUUUUAAUUGGUGUGAUGGCUCCCUGUAUAUUGAUUUUUUUUUUUUUUUUUUGACAGACAAAUAGGUAUUUUGGGGGUGGGACAGGGAAUGUGGGGGUAAAAGCAUUUAGAUGAUGGGCUAAAUGAGAGAAGUUUUUUUUUUUUUACAUGUAUACAUUUCUGAUUGUUGCCUUGAGUGCAAUUUUAGUUUACUUGUUUGAUAUUAUCUCCAGUGUUGGGAUUCUUAGCUGUCAUCCAGUUGAUCAUUGACCAACAUAUCAGACGUUUUUUAAGACAUUUUCUAAGUCUCUGGAGAAAGUGGUGAUUGUAUUAGAGUAUCAAAAAUAUUUGAUAAUAAAACCUUGACAGGUAACUCCUCCAUGAAACUUUUCUUUGUUAAUAUUCUUAAUCUUUGUUUUGUUUAUUUUGGACAGGGUCUGCUAAUCCUAAUUCCAUAAUGGAAACUAUUCCGUGGUUUAUAUUGAUUUAUAAUUUAAUUCUUUAACAGUAUCUUUUGUCCCACACUGUCCCAGCAACGCUGCUGCUCUUGUGCACUUUUUUAAGGACAUUGGCAUCGUCUAUAUUAAGGCAAAUGUACAACAGCCUCUCUCUCUCUUUCUUUCUUAAAAUGGGGGCAUUUUGUUUUUUUUUUUUCUUUUUGUUAAACAUUUUGUGUAAAUUUGUACCAACUAUAAAUAUUGAGUCUCAGAAUAUGCUAUUUACUUUCUUGGGAAAUUUUAUCCUGUCGAUCUUAAAGGAGCUUGCUGUCUUUGAACUGUCCAAGGGGCUCCAUGGAUGUGAGACAUUAUAAGAUUCCCAUAUCCUGCUUUCUCCAUCACAACAAAAAUGGUUUAUUGUGGUCCAGAGGAGCAUUAUUUUAAAUUAAUUCACCUUGAUUGUUGAAAUUAAACGUGUAUUCAGUUAGUAUUAUUUCAAGUGACUGUACAUUGAAAAUCAACAAAAGGCAAUUUUUUUUUCUUCCUCCCAAUAUGUUUUACACCCCAGUUUUACAUCCAGUCAUGAUUCAGUUUUGUGUGGAAAUGUGUGGGUCUACUUUCUUUGCAGCAGCUUGGUGUGUUUCAGUAGUCCAGUCUCCUCCACGGGAGGUCUGAGCGGUGAAAGUGCCACAGCUCACCUCAGGGUUGGGUCGGAUUUGAGGGGGAAACAACGAAACGCUGCUUCUAAUUUACCAGCAGAACCUGUUGCUGCUUUUCAUGGACUUAAACGUAUGCUGUUGAAGACGGAGGGAGCCGGGCAGGGCAGACGGCGGGACAACGAUCCACUCCCAACAUUGAUACCAGACUUCACUAAUGAGGGACAAAUCCACUGACCUUUGCGAUUUUUGCGCUGGGUCCCAGUGGUUUUCACACACAUCAAAUCGUUCGGACACAACGAUGAGACAACACAAGGUGCAUAUUUGAGCUUAACGCAGUUAUAGUACAAGACUGUCGGAAAAAGACAAAACAAUUGUAAAAAGGGCUUUCUGUGUUCACGCUCAACAACACACCGGAGGCAUUGCAUUCCUGGGUUUUAUAUAAAAAAAAAAAGCUUUGGAAGUUUCUUUUUUUGUGUGUGUGUAUUUACUUUAAGCUGUAAACUAUUGUGAAAAAUGCCUUCAAUGAGUACUCAAAAGUGAGAUGUGCAUUAGGUAUGCAGCGUGAGUGCUGUGACCCGUUUUUACAUUCAGUCUCUGUUUUAAAUCUUGUGCCAUUUUGCAACGUAGAGAGUCCCAGUGUGAAAACACAGGGCUGCAGGAGAAGAGGCUGAACCUGAACCAGACCGGUGGACAGGAGAGCAUUUAUCAGAUCGUGGAAUGAAGUUGUAAUGUCCUGGAGGAGGUUGAGAUCACCUCUGGUUCAUUCAGGUGCAACUUGUUGCUGGAUCAAAGUGAUGAUGAUUAUGUAUUGCAUACUGGUGCAUCCAAAAUUUUUGGAGUAUUUGUGUUUAUUUUUCUAUUCUGUGAUUUUAGGCCAUAGGGAGCAUCUCAAAAUCAAGUCGUUAUGCUUUGUUUUUGUUUUGUUUCUGGAUCAUUCAACUUGACAUUUUCUUGCCUGGUUGUUUUGUACAGGUAACAAGCAUGUUCAAACACAUCUGACAUGAUUUGUCUGGGUCAGAAUCGAACGGUUUUGCAUAGAAGACUUCAAUUUAAUGGCUGUUUGGUGUAUUUGCAAAUGCUCCCUUUUUGUAAAUUGCAAAAGGUGUUGAAGCAUUGUGUGGCAAUGCUUAUCCUACUUAAUCUACAUUGACGAGCAGCCUUAAUGGUCUUUUUUUAUGUGUUUGUUUGGCUAUUCCUCGUGUCUAUGGCCACUGACUGUACUUAAUGACAAGCAACUGGUCAUUACAAUGUAAAUUUCUGGUUUCCUUCUUAUUUUUCCUUUUACUCUGUAAUCUGAUGUUACGGUAGACUCAGUAUUACAAAAUCUGUAAUGUGAUGAGUUUUACAUGAAGACAAAGUACAUCGGAAAGUAAUGUCCUAAUGCUACCAGGUGGCUGUGCAGUAGCUUGCGUCUCACUUGUCUGUGGCAUUAAAGGGGAAUUCCACCAAAUCUGAGUUGUGUUGUUUUGUGAAGGCAGAUUAGUAUUUUCUUCUUCUGUGUUCUGCUCACAAGUCAUAUCAGGUUUAAAUGCCGAGUUGACGAUCAAAUACUGUGUUGGAUAUUUAAUAGUUUAUUCAGACUUAAGUAGACAUUUGUUUUACAUCUAUUUUGAGGACAGCAGGAAUUUAGUUUUCAGAAAGGACUUAGUGUUUUUUAAGGAUGAGCUCCAUCAUUAGAGCGCGUGGCUUCGUAAAUGACCAAAUUUUUAAAUCAAUCUUUAUUUUAGUUUUUGGUGGAAUUGCUCUUUAAUAUGAAGUAGCCUGCUCUUUUAUCUGAAUCCGGCUCUUCUAUAAUAUUCCCAAAUGUUUACGUGACUGCCUUAUGUGCACCAGACAGAACCUUUCUGCCAAUUUGAUUUAGCUGACAAGGACAGAUAAUCAUUUCUCUUUCAUUCUUUCUUUUUUUGUCACUAAAGGGAUGUGGGUCCUUGAAUUGAACUGAUGUGUAAAGCAAAGUUUUCAUCCAUUGACUGGAUGAGUAGAUGCAGACAUGACUACCUCUACGUGAGUCUUCAGUGACCAAGAUCGAGUCUGAGGUGUUCCUCCCUGUGUAAAGUUGACAGCAGGAACUUUAGAUUUAAGAACAGCAGAUUAACACUUUGUUUUGCCAGCUCCCUCCUGUUUUUUUUUUUCUUUUGGAUAUAUGCCUUUACUAAGAGUUACUUGGCAAAAGGAAAAAAACAAAAUAUGUGCUUGGUUGUAAAUGACAAACUUAAUCAAUGCCGCCCCAUUGUAAGACAUUUAUCCUGAAACCAACUAGUUGCAGAGUGUUACUUUGCAAAUGACUGAAAAUGACCAUGUUUGGCGAUGUUCUGUAUGUACAUACAUCUUUUUAACUGUAAUAAAACAAUAAAUAUUUACAAAUCUG